GGGGUGGUAAUCACUCGUAGCUUUCUUUAACAAAUACGUAACCACGAAAGCUCCCACGAGGAAACCUCUCCAUUUUCUGCGUAAGGUUCUGGUAUUAUUUUCCUUUUCCGACGUUCCUCCACCAUCUUCGUCUAUCCAAAACCCUCCACUCCUUUGGCCCUUGCCUUUGGAUUUUCCCUACGUCAUAUCCUCUUCCACACAACAAUUACCACAUUAUUCCUCCCCGACGUGAUCUCUGACCUUCAUGUCAACUGAUCAAAAUCAAACUCGAAUAGCCACGCGGCGGCCAUGGCCCGAUCUCUUCACCCCAUUAUCCUCCUUCUCUCUCCCAUACUCCAACCUGGACGCCAUUUCCCGCAUCAGACGGAACUUCUACCAUUUCCGAGUCAACUACGUCAUGGCCGUGCUCUUCAUCCUCUACCUCAGCCUGCUAUGGCAACCCAUCUCCAUGAUCGUCUUUCUCGUUGUAUUUGUCGCCUGGUUCUUCCUGUACUUCUAUAGAGAUACCCCGGUCGUCCUCUUAGAUCGAGCCUUGGACGACAGGGUUGUGCUUGGUGUUCUGGGACUUGUUACUGUGGUCGCAUUGGUGCUCACCAAUGUUGGGUUGAAUGUUUUAGUGGCUCUGAUUGUUGGGGCCGUGGUUGUCGGGUUUCACGCAGGUUUUCGUGGCACGGAUGACUUGUUUCUUGACGAGGAGAGCGCCAUGGAAGGUGGGCUGGUCUCGGUCGUGGGGACACAGACACCAUGGCCAACCCCAUAUACUCGGAUUUGAGUAAUUGUUCCUCAUUUUCAUUCAUGAAAAUUUUUGACGAUUUCACGGCUGGUGAUUCUCCUUUUAAGGUUUGAUUUCUAAUUAGUAUUGAGGUAAUUGACGGAUUUCAAGAAACAAGUUGACAUUGGUUUCACCGGGUUUGAUUUGCGGUGGGUGCUGUAAUUGGCUGUAUAUAUGAGGGUUUAGGUUCUGUGCUCUGUUGAAUUGAUAUUGAUAUUGAUAUUGAUAUUGCGCUUGAUGAUC